CGGGGCCCCUGGCGGGCGCGGGAGGCGGAGCCUGCGCCGGACGUCGCUGAGGAGGUUAGCGUGGGACGCCCGUCGUCGAUAUGCUUCGCUGGGCUGUCCACAGGGCGCUCCGUCCUUGCAGGCUUAGCUCCUCGAGGAUGCCCGAAGCACUCAGGAACAGUAGCGGCGGCGGCCGAGAGGACGCUGAGCCGAGGCCGCUGCCGCUGUCCUACAAGCUUCUGGACGGGGAAGCGUCCCUCCCGGGCAUCGUCCUCCUGCACGGACUCUUCGGGAGCAAAGCCAACUUCAAUUCCAUCGCCAAGGCCUUGGCCCAGCGGACGGGCCGGAGGGUGCUGACUGUAGAUGCUCGGAACCAUGGCGACAGCCCCCACAGCCCGGAUAUGAGCUAUGAGGCCAUGGCCCAGGACCUGCAGGCCCUCCUGCCCCAGCUGGACCUGGCACCCUGCGUCCUUAUCGGCCACAGCAUGGGGGGAAAGACAGCUAUGGUGCUGUCCCUGCAGAGACCCGAGCUGGUGGAGCGUCUGAUUGUUGUGGACAUCAGUCCGAUGCCACAGUCUUCCUUGCCACGUUUCUCCAGCUAUGUGGCAGCCAUGAAGGCCAUGGACAUCCCAGAUGAGCUGCCCCGCUCCAGUGCCUGGAAACUGGCUGAUGAGCAGCUCAGCCUCGUGGUCCAGGAAUCCUACUCUGGGCCAACCCUCUUCCUCAUUGGUGGAGACUCUGCAUUAGUGCAACCCAGCCACCACCCUGAGAUGAGGCGGCUCUUCCCUCAGGCACAGAUUCAGACUGUGCCUAACGCAGGCCACUUGGUCCAUGCAGACCGCCCACAGGACUUCAUGGACACUGUGCAAGGCUUUUUGACUUAAGAGUUGCACCUGAAGGAGGGGCCAGAAGACCCCGAGCUUCUAGUUCCUGCAUCUGGUUCCAUGUCUCUACACAGAAGGACUCAGGCAAGCACUGAGUGGUUACCAGGGUGCAGAGGCAGUCAGACCUCCAGCUUUAAUGAAUAAAGAUGGUGCCCCCAAAGUCUUGGCUCUCACCACCAUCGGCCCUGCUGACCCCGAGUCGGUUGGGCCUGGAGGCUCCUGGCAGCACCAGCGUCACCGUAGGUGCCCAGCGCACCCCUGGCCUCGCUCUGCAGCUGCCUGUGCACCAGCUUCGCCACUAGCUGCUGCAUGUCCUCCUGGUGGGGGAGCAGGGUCAGAGCUACUCUGGCCACACCCCACCCCGCCCAGGUCUGGCCGUGGCACCACCCUACCUCCCAGGCCUCCACCUCCUGCCUCAGCCUCAGUUUCUCCUCCAGGACCUCCAGCAACUGGGCCUCCACAGUGCGCAGCCUGGCCUUGCAUGUGUCCAGCUCGGCCUCCACCGCUUGCUUCCUUCGGGCACAGGGAUGGCAGCCUGAGGCUCAGGGGCUGUGGGAUUUUCCUCCAGGGAUGCCUGUCUUCCACCCUCUUCCAGCAGGAUGGGGCCCUGUAUGUGCCCCCCCAACCCCCAUGGCCGCUCUCUGCUCUCACUUGGCAAGGGCUUCAUCCCGCUCCUGGAGCACCUGGUCCAGCGAGGGCUCUGGCUGCACGGCCCCCAGCACUCCGGCCACUGGGGAUUCUGGGCUCUGUGGGGUGACUGGACAGGUCUGAAGCUUGCCUGACUGAGGUGUCCCGCCUUGGCCUUGGCCCUGACGCAGGUGUCAGGGGCAGGCUGAGGCAGGCUGUCCCUGUCCUCUGUGCUCGGUCUGUGGUUGGUCCACCAAAAAGUACACAGGUUGGAGGGGACCACUCCCCACCCUAAGAGCCAGCAGAGGGUCCGGACCCCCAGGAAAGGACAGGGUGAGUGGGUUCAGGACACUUACCCCCGGAGCCCUGAAUGCAGGUGCCUGGUCCCUGGGACUUUGCCUGGUGGGGUGUGGCAAGCCGGAGCUGUAGCCCUUUGCCUCCCUUCCAGGAAGGACACUCCCCAGGAAGAGGCACAAUCCAGCAGCCCAGCCCAGGGCAGUGAGCAGGAGGAAGCAAGCUAGUCCCUCCUUCCUGCACCGGAAACGCCUCCUGCUGUGCCCUCCCUUGCCCCCAUGGGCCGCUGCCGCCUUGUCUUUCAAGGAGAGGUGACAAGGUGUGGCACCCUGGUACCUUGAAUGGCAGCAUCCGCACACAGCUCUAACCCAGCCUCAGCAGAAAGAAAGGGGAAGGUUUGUUUUUUGCUUUUCAGUACUGGAGUUGAACUCGGCCUUUGGACUGAGCUACAUCCCCAGUCCAUUUUAUUAUUUUGAGACAGUUUCGAUAAAUUUCCCAGACUGACCAUGAACUCGCAAUCCUCCUGCCUCAGCCUCCUGAAUAUCGAGUUAAAGGCUUGUUGCUGGCAUGGACAAAAAUUCCUGGCCAACAACUCCUGAGAUUAUGAAUAUCUCCCCGCUACACUCUUGCUCCUAAUACCUCUGACAGGUCCAGCAUUCAUUCCAAGAGCAGGUGCUACAGCCUCAGGGUCUCAGACACUGAGUAGUGCACCAGUGAUAUAAAGUGUGUAAGAGACUUGUCUCCAUUGGGAAGGCUUUGCAGCAGCGUGUGUGUGUGUGUGUGUGUGUGUGUGUGUGUGUGUGUGUGUGAGAGAGAGAGAGAGAGAGAGAGAGAGAGAGAGAGAGAGAGAGCCUGGAGAUCAAACUCAAGGUGCUCUACCACUGACUUAACCCCCCUCCCCUUUUUGAGACAGUUUCACUAAAUUGCCUGGGUGGACUCAAGUCCACAAUCCUCCUGCCUCCGCCUUCUAGAGGGGUGGGAUUACAGAUGUGCACCCCUAAACAGUUCAGUGCUCCCUCUAGAAAGCCCCUGCAGCAGCAGCUCCUGGUUGGCUCUGGGUCCCACUCAGCCAGGUUUCCUGCCAAUGCCAGUCUUGAUGGUCCUUGGUUGGACCCCAGCUGAAGAGGUAGAUGAGCUAUACCCCAAAUAAGGCCUUUCAGUUGAGACACAUUCAGUUGAGAAGCUGCCAGUACCGUAUCCCAAACAGGCCCUGAUCUCUGGCCUGCUGUAGCCAGGGAUGAAGCACAGAUGGGGGGUGUAAGUGGGGCCUUUCUUGGGCACUUGACCCCUCCAGGCUUAGGAGUCAGCCAGCAGGAGGGCUGAUGGGUCACCAGGCCUUUAACUCUUCCUUGGAAACAGUUUUAAAUUGUUCUUCGUUGUCCAAAACCUAGCUUCCUGGGAUGAAAACAAAGAUCUGUGGGGCCAGGGAUUUAGCUCAGUGCUUCUGCCCGCCCGGCUCAAAAGUGCAAGGUCAGAGUUCGGUCCCUGGUACCAAAAAAAGAAAUCUGUUGCAAUAUCAAAUGUUGCACGGAGUUGCCACAGUCUGACUUCCCUCAAUCUAGAACAGUUCACAGCCUUUGAGUUUAAAGACUUCCACAGCCCUGAAGACUCAGGGAAGUUAUUUUGUUGUUCGCCCUUCUGUUCAGGCUACUGUGUUACACACUUGGGCAAAAAUAGCCCAGAAUGGGUGAUGUUUAUCUUAAACCCAGUGGCAGUUGGAACCCUGGCUGCUGGUGUUAGUGUGCAUCUCUUGUUUUAAGAAGUUUAGUAAGAGCCCAGUGUGGUGGUGCACGCCUGUAGUCCCAGCUACUCAGGAGGCUGAGGCAGGGGGGUCAGAAGUUCAAGGCCAGCCUGGACAACUUUGCAAGACCCUGUCUUGAAUUACAAUUGUAGUGGCUGGGGAUGUAGCUCAGAGUUAGAGCACUCCCCUAGCAUGCACAAGGCCCUGGUUCAAUCACCGCACUAGGAAACAAGUAUAUCAGAUGGCAAGUGCUGUGGAGAGAAAUUGAGCAAGGAAAGGGAAUGUGUAAAGAACAGGAGAUCUAUUUUACACAAUUCUGUGCUUACCCCAAGGAGACUCCAAAUAUUCACCUGCCCAAAUGUCGAACAACCAUCCUAGUCACUCUCCGGGCUUGAAAUAAUACUGUCAAUUCAGAGGUUCAAAAAUGCUUUGAUGGGCCAGGAAUGUAGCUUAGUGGCGCAGCAUCUGCCUGGCAUGCACACUGAAUCCCUGAGUUCAGUUCCCAGUACCAAAACUGCUUCAGUGCCAUGCCUGAUGGCACACAGGUCUAGUCCCAGCACUUGGGAGGCUGAGGCAGGAGGUUUCAAGGCUAGGCUGGGCUGCACAGUGAAUUCACAGUCUGCCUGAAUGCCUAAACUACGUAGCAAGACUCUUGUCUCAAAAAAAAAAAAAAAAGAUGGGGGGGGGUCUUUGUUUACAGGUGAAAGCUCAAGAAAACAUUAGGGGACCUGAAGGAGGUGCUGAGGAAGACAUGAUUUUUGUUAUUUUUUGUGCACAUUUUUUUCGGCUUUUUUUCUUCCGGUACCAGGGAUGAACUCAGGACCUUGCACUUUCGAGGCAGGCGACAGCACCACUGAGCUAAAUCCCUGGCUAAAAUAAAAUGGUUUUAAAUA